CAUGGCAUUGGGAAAAAAUAUAACGUUUAAUUUAGGAUAUACUCCCCUGUUCUUUUGACGACAUUCGGUGAUCUAAAGUAUAUUAUUCUGUAGAUUUGCUCAUGCGUCCUGUUUCGAUUCAGACACUCUUUACCCUUUUCCCACAUUUUUCUCGGUAUUCGUUCUCUGUUAGAUAUCUAAUUCCUUCUUUUUAACACUUUAUUUUUGUAUUUUUCGCUCUCUUUCUUUCGUGUUUUUUCAUCUCUGAAUUUGUUCGUUUUGUAAUGCCAGCCAUUGUUCAUUCCUUGUCUCUCUCUCAUGGCAUGGUUUGCUGAGAAAAAUCGUUUCUCUCUCUUAGCUUUCUCUCUCGUCUCUGUUGGGUUUCUUUUCUUCGUCAAACAUGAACUGGUACCCACUCUCUCGCUUAACAGAGAUCUCUGGUUCAAUUCCUCAAACUCCCUCUCACUCUUCACCAAAAAACCGAAUUCAGUUCCAGUUUACACAACCCCAAAACCAGUCACCUCUGAAUCACUCCUAUCCAGUGAUCAGAGUAAUUAUUCUAUGAAUUCUUCGAUUUUUGAGACUACCCAAGUUGAUAUUUCGGCCACUAAUGGCGUCCCUGUUGAAGAAACCACUCAGAAAGUUGGUUAUUUGGAGGAAAAACCUGGUUUCAAUGGAGAAACUGAGUUGGAUAUUGAUGGGGCUAUGGAGAAAUGUGAUAUAUAUACUGGGAAAUGGGUUAAGGCUGAUGAUUACCCCCUUUAUCCACCUGGUUCUUGCCCUUAUGUAGAUGAGGCUUUCAGUUGUCAAGAGAAUCGUAGGCCUGAUGUUGAUUAUCUGAAUUGGAGAUGGAAACCAGAUGGUUGUGAAAUUCCAAGGUUCAAUGCAAUUGAUUUCUUGGAGAGAAUCAGAGGUAAAAGACUGAUGCUGGUUGGAGAUUCCAUGAAUAGGAAUCAGUUCGAGUCGAUGGUAUGCCUUUUGCAUGAAGCUUUACCCAAUAAGAGCCGGAUGUAUGAGAGACAUGGGUACCGCAUAACCAAAGGCAGAGGAUACUAUAUAUUCCAAUUCAUGGACUAUAAUUCUACGAUAGAGUUUAGUCGCUCUCAUUUUCUAGUCAGAGAAGGGACUCAUCUAACUUCAAAGGGAAAAUCUCGGUCCACAUUGAUGAUAGAUCAAAUCGAACGAACAUCAACUAGAUGGAAGCAUGCGGAUAUCUUGAUAUUUAAUACUGGCCACUGGUGGACACACGGGAAGACAUCUAAAGGGAAGGACUACUAUCAAGAAGGAGAUUAUAUAUACCCACAGUUUGACUCGCUUGAAGGAUAUAAGAGAGCCAUGAGGACGUGGGGAAAGUGGAUCGACCAAAAUUUAGAUCCCAAAAAGUACUUGGUCUUCUACCGUGGCUACUCAAAUGCUCAUUUCAGAGGAGGAGACUGGGACUCAGGUGGAACAUGUAAUGGAGAAACUGAACCCAUCUCUAGAGGAAACUACCUCGAGAACUAUCCCGUAAAGAUGCGAGUCAUUGAGGAAGUUAUCCAUGAAAUGAAAACUCCGGUGAUUUUCUUGAAUAUAACGAGGUUAACAAACUACCGUAAAGAUGCACACCCAUCGAUUUAUAGCAAGACUUUAACAGCAGGACAAAGGGUUUCAAAGAGAGUGCAGGACUGUAGCCAUUGGUGUCUUCCUGGUGUGCCUGAUGCAUGGAAUGAGUUGAUUUAUGCAACUUUGGUUAUGAAUUCAAGAAGUAAAAGUGGAUGAAUUUUGUCUAUGGUGAUCAUAGUUCAAUGUAUAAAUGAAAAUUCAAUUUUUGAAUAAGUCAUUUAGAUUCGUUUUUUCUCCGGAGCGAGUUAGUUGUAAGAUUGGGAAUUUUAGAUUUUUGAGCUUCUAAAGAGGAGGAUGGAUGGGUCAAUGAAUUAUCAAUCCAUGUGAUACUGUACCAUUUUCCUUUGAUAGGAUCUCUGUUGUAAUUCAGAGUGGUGUUCAAUGUCACAUGAACAAAUGCCAUGUAUGGUUCUUUAUUCCUUUCUGAAUGCAAACAGGAGUUGUUAUCAGUAUUC